GGCAGACUUUGUAAAUGCUUAGGGAAAGAGUUCCUUCCUUAUAUGAAUGUUGCUAUGCCACAUUUACUUCAAUCUGCAGCUCAACUCAAAAUUGAUUUUACCAAUGAAUCACUGAAUGCAAGUCUUAACCUAUUGGAGGAGAAAGCCUCAGCUUGUAACAUGCUCUGUAGUUGUGCUGCUGAGUUGAAGGAAGACUUUCAUUUAUGGAUUGAUGAGGUUGCUGACACUUUAAUUCCACUUCUCAAAUUUAAUCUUCAUCAAGAAGUUAGAAUGGCUGCUGCUUCAGCCAUGCCAUUGAUAUUGGAUUCGGCUAAAUUAGCUGUGGAGAAAGGGCAUAUUCUAGAGGUUGAUGAAUCUCCUGUUAUGAAACUGUCUGCCCAAAUAAUACCAGCCAUGACAGCGGCUCUAUAUAUGGAGCCCAAGGCAGAAAUUUGUGCAAGAUUUUUGGGCUCAUUGAAUGGAUGCAUACAGAUCUCUGGACCUUACCUGACUGACAAUGAGGCUAAGUUCCUCAUGGAUGAGAUAACAAAGUUCCUCAUAGCUAGAUCACUUAGAAGACAUGCAAGAGAACAAGGUGUAGCACAAGACUCUGAUGCAGGAGAGAGAGAACUGCUUAAAGAGGAAAGUGGGAAUGAAAAAAAAGUCUAUAACAAUAUUGGUGAUUGCAUGGCCACUUUGAUCAAAAGAUUCAAGCUAUCUAUAGUGCCCUUCUUUGAAAAGCUUUUAAUAUGUGUAGCACGUACCUGGGUUGAUAGAACAACUGUAGAGAAAAAAUUGGCGGUCCGCAUUUUUCAUGAAGUUGCUGAGCAAUGUGGUGAAGAAGCAUUAAAGCAUUAUCAGUCUUAUCUGCCCUUCCUAUUAGAAGCUUGCAAGAGUGACAAACCAGAAGUUCAGCAGGUAGCUGCAUGGACAAUCGGCAUUUGUGCAGAGUUUGGUGGAUCUUUCUUCAAAACUAUUGUUGAUGUGGCUCUUUCUAGUCUAAAUUCUGUGAUAAGCCAUCCUAAUGCGCUGCAGCCUGAUCAUGUAAUGGUGCACGAUGUUGCUGUUUCAGCUCUCGGGAAAAUAUGCUACUUCCAUUAUGACAAUAUCAAGGAAGCUGAGGUAUUGUCUACAUGGUUAAGCCAUUUACCUAUAACAAACUUGUUAAAUGAGGCCAAAGUUGCACACCAGUAUCUUUGUAGGGUGGUUGAAAGGACAAAAACAGAACCCCUUUCCGUCUAUCUUCCUUCAAUUAUCCGAGUGUUUGCUGAGAUUCUAUGGGCAGGUAGUAACUUAGCCACGGCACAAACCGUCAGCCAGAUGAUCGGUCUUUUGAAGAAUUCUAAGCAGACAUUACCCACUGAAUGGGCAUCAAUCUGUUCAUCCUUGGUUCCCCAGAGAAAGAACUUUUUGCAGGCUAUAUUGCCUGACACAUAGUUGUCUUUUAACACCAGCUACUAGUUCAACAUAUGUUACCCCGUAGUCUUUCCAAGUACUCUGUAUAUUUUUCACUCAGCUUCUAAGAUCAACCAAUGUCCUUCUGUAGACAUGGUUCAUUCAAAUGAUGAAUGAAGAAUUCUGUGUUGGGAGGAUCUCUAUACUUGUACCCAUAUCACAAUAGUCUCAGAGGCGGAAGAAAAUACAAGUAAAAUUCUUCCAACAAUGAACAUAUUACAUAUGAGUGAUUGGCAAGCCUUUAAUAUAGAGGGAACUGAUGUAUGAAAUUAAGAU